UCGAGCGCCGCGAGCGCGCGCGCCUCGGCCUCGGCCUCGGCCGCCGAGGCGGCGCGGCGGAGGUAUAUUUGCUUGCCGAGGCACUUGUCGCCGGCGAAUUUCUUGGAGAUGCGCAUGGCCGAGCAGCGCAGGCGCCGCGAGAGGAAGGCUCGGAGUGUGGCGCCGUUUUCUAGAUCGGUGAGCACCUGUGCGCAAUCCAACAGAGUCAGAGUCGGGUGCACCGAUGAUUCCUCACUUAGUCCUUUCUCGGCGAGAACGCGGCUGUGCUGGCUGGCACGACCGGUAAUAGACCACAACGCCACGCCAUCGAGCUCGCGUCGCGUCGAUGGCGUGGAGGUCAUGAUU